AGGUACAUCAAGUCUCUCCUCAUCCUGCCCGUUGCCAUGGUCAACUGGAAGAUCAUGUGCUUCUUUAUGGUUGUGGUCAUCACAUCGGGUCUUUCAGUGCUGCAGUUCUGGGAUGACUUCCAGAAGGGGUUCACCUACCGCAAGAAGGACAACGUAGGGACAUCAGGACAAAACCACACUACAGCCAAAAUGCCUACUGAAGGCCACGUAGAUGCUAACCCUAAACUGUCCGAUGGUAAAAACAAAGAGGUGCUUCCUUUGUGUCCCAUGACCUCCCCUCUUAUAGGCGGGGCGAUCAACGUGAGCUUCCCGUCAGAACUCACCCUCGACCAAGUGGAGCAGAAAUACCCACAUGUGGAACUCGGUGGACGUUACCGCCCGCAUGACUGCCAGGCGAGGCACCGCACGGCCAUCAUCAUCCCACACAGGGACCGCGAGCACCACCUAAAGAUCUUGCUUUACUACCUGCAUCCUUUCCUGCAGCGGCAGCAGCUUGAGUACAGCAUCUAUGUCAUUCACCAGGCUGGGAACUACACAUUUAACAAGGCCAGGCUGAUGAACGCCGGCGUCCGGGAGGCCAUGCAAGAGGAGAAAUGGGAGUGUCUCUUUUUCCACGACGUGGACCUGAUUCCAGAGGAUGACCGCAACAACUAUGUGUGCGAAUCAAACCCCAAACACGCCGCCAUCGCCAUCAACAAGUUUGGCUACAGGCUUCCAUACCGGAGGUACUUUGGAGGAGUGACUGCUUUCACGCCUCUCCAAUACAGCAAAAUUAACGGUUUUCCCAACAACUACUGGGGCUGGGGUUGCGAGGACGAUGACAUUGGGCUCAGGGUCUCUUUGGCGGGAAUGCGCGUAAUACGUCCGUCCAUGGAGGUGGGACGCUACAAAAUGAUUAGACAUGGUCGGGACAAAGGCAACACUGCCAACCGGCUGAGAUACAGAUAUCUGGCAGAGACACCUGUGGCGUGGAAGAAGGACGGGAUGAACACAACAGAGUAUGAGGUUCUCUCCCGGAAGCGCCUUCCCCUCUACACCAACAUCACAGUCAAUGUCGGCACAGAGGCCGGCCUGCAUCUGCCGCCUUAGUAGACGCCACCACCGGACUCUCAAGUCACAGAGGCCAGCCGUGUUACCAAACCUGUGAAAUCAUAAAAGAAGCUA